AUGAGAGACCCAGAGGAUCAGAGGCCCAGAGGAUCAGAGGUCCAGAGGAUCAGAGACCCAGAGGAUGAGAGACCCAGAGGAUCAGAGGCCCAGAGGAUCAGAGACCUAGAGGAUCAGAGCAGGAUCAGAGACCCAGAGGAUCAGAGAAUAAAAGGAUCAGAGGCCCAGAGGAUCAGAGGCCCAGAGGAUCAGAGGCCCAGAGGAUCAGAGAAUAAGAGGAUCAGAGACCCAGAGGAUCAGAGAUCCAGAGGCUCAGAGUCCCAGAGGAUCAGAGGCCCAGAGGAUCAGAGGCCCAGAGGAUCAGAGGCCCAGAGGAUCAGAGGCCCAGAGGAUCAGAGACCCAGAGGAUCAGAGGCCCAGAGGAUCAGAGACCCAGAGGACCAGAGAUCCAGAGGAUCAGAGACCCAGAGGAUCAGAGGCCCAGAGGAUCAGAGACCCAGAGGAUCAGAGACCCAGAGGAUCAGAGUCCCAGAGGAUCAGAGACCCAGAGGAUCAGAGACCCAGAGGAUCAGAGGCCCAGAGGAUCAGAGACCCAGAGGAUCAGAGUCCCAGAGGAUCAGAGACCCAGAGGAUCAGAGACACAGAGGAUCAGAGGCCCAGAGGAUCAGAGACCUAGAGGAUCAGAGACCCAGAGGAUGA